AUGGCCCUGCGCACUGGGACGGCUUGGUUUGGGCAGGUCCUGCGCAGAGUUUCCCGGCUCCAAGGCACCUGGUCCCGGCGCUCCAGCAGCCUCCUGUGCCUCUCCUCCGGCCAGGAGCCCGAGCACAAGCUGCCCCCCAGCAGCGGUGGCGGUGGGCGCCACCGCCUCCCCCGGCAGCUGUCCCCCUGCUGCUGCUGCUGCUGCGGCUGCUGCGGCCUGUCGGAUCCCCGGGCGGCCAGGGGGGGACAUGGUCCCCUCACUCGCCCCUUGCUGGCGGCCAUGAAGAGGCAGAACGUGCGGACCCUGUCCCUCAUCAUCUGCACGUUCACCUACCUGCUGGUCGGGGCCGCCGUCUUCGAUGCGCUGGAGUCCGACAACGAGAUGCGGGAGGAGGAGAAACUCAAAGCCGAGGAGAUCCGGCUCAAAGGAAAGUACAACAUCACCAGCGAGGACUACCGGCAGCUGGAGUUGGUGAUCAUGCAGUCUGAGCCGCACCGGGCCGGCGUCCAGUGGAAAUUCGCCGGCUCCUUCUACUUUGCCAUCACGGUCAUCACGACCAUCGGUUACGGACAUGCUGCCCCAGGAACGGAUGCAGGGAAGGCCUUUUGCAUGUUCUACGCUGUCCUGGGGAUCCCACUGACACUCGUCAUGUUCCAGAGCUUGGGCGAGCGCAUGAACACCUUUGUCAAGUACCUCUUGAAACGCAUCAAAAAGUGCUGUGGGAUGAGGAGCACUGAGGUCUCCAUGGAAAACAUGGUCACUGUGGGUUUCUUCUCCUGCAUGGGGACACUCUGCAUUGGAGCAGCAGCCUUUUCCCAGUAUGAGGAAUGGAGCUUUUUCCAUGCUUACUAUUACUGCUUUAUAACAUUGACUACGAUAGGUUUUGGAGACUAUGUGGCCCUGCAGACCAAAGGGGCCCUUCAAAAGAAGCCUCUCUACGUGGCUUUUAGCUUUAUGUACAUUCUAGUGGGGUUGACAGUCAUUGGGGCAUUUCUAAAUCUGGUUGUUCUCAGGUUCUUAACCAUGAACAGCGAGGACGAGAGGCGGGAUGCCGAGGAACGGGCAUCCCUGGCAGGGAACCGCAACAGCAUGAUUAUCCACAUCCAAGAGGACUCCCAGCAUGGUCGGCCACGGUACAAGGCCGAAGUAACAGACCUUCAGUCAGUUUGCUCCUGCAUGUGUUACAGGUCCCACGAGUACACCAGCCGGGUGGUGUCCCACCAAAAUUCGUUCAGCUCGAAGCUGAACCCCCAGUACUUUCACUCCAUCUCUUACAAGAUAGAGGAGAUCUCGCCAAGCACAUUAAAAAACAGCCUUUUCCCAUCUCCUGUCAGCUCCAUCUCACCUGGGUUGCACAGCUUUACAGAUAACCACAGGCUGAUGAGAAGGCGAAAGUCCAUUUAA